CACACCCUUAAUGAAGGCAGAAUCCAGAAGAAACGAUAGACAACAAAAAGUUUGGAUGUUUUCUUCAGAAAGGGCCGUCGUUCGAACGUGGUUUGUUCCCGUAUAGAGGGACGGGCUUAUUCCGGGACCCUUGACGCCGGAUUUUAAGCCAGACUGGGGUCGCAUCGUUGCGAGCCAGCCAGUCUAAUAUUGUAUGUGAGCGUCGGUGCAUCUUUUCCAACAUGGCGUGCUGUUUAAGCGCUGAGCAGCAGGAACAAAAACGUAUCAAUCAAGAAAUCGAGAAGCAGUUGAGAAAAGACAAACGGGAUGCGAGAAGGGAACUCAAAUUGCUUUUGCUGGGUACGGGAGAAAGUGGCAAGAGCACCUUCAUCAAACAGAUGCGAAUUAUCCAUGGCACUGGAUACUCAGACGACGAUAAACGCGGCUUCAUCAAGAUUGUCUAUCAGAAUAUCUUCAUGGCCAUGAACGCGAUGAUUCGAGCUAUGGACACAUUGAAGAUCAACUAUAAAGAUCCGAACAAUGAGGUUUUUUUGCAGGAAAAUGCAAACCUGAUUCGGCAGAUAGACCAUGAACAUGAAACAGUUACGACGUUUGAACAACAGUUUGUGGACGCCAUCAAAUGCCUGUGGAAUGACAGCGGUAUACAGGAGUGCUACGACAGGAGGAGAGAGUACCAGCUGACAGACUCAGCCAAGUACUACCUUGAUGAUGUGGACCGUAUCACAAAGCCGGACUACUUGCCAACACUACAGGACAUUCUCCGUGUGAGAUCGCCCACAACUGGCAUCAUAGAAUACCCCUUUGACCUGGAUAGCAUCAUUUUUAGAAUGGUUGAUGUCGGAGGGCAGCGAUCAGAAAGGCGGAAGUGGAUCCAUUGUUUUGAAAACGUUACGUCCAUUAUGUUUUUAGUAGCCUUAAGUGAAUAUGACCAGGUGUUGGUGGAGUCAGAUAACGAAAACCGAAUGGAGGAGUCGAAAGCGUUGUUCCGCACGAUCAUCACUUAUCCGUGGUUCCAGAACUCCUCAGUUAUACUGUUCCUCAACAAGAAAGACCUACUAGAAGAAAAAAUUAUGCAUUCGCAUUUAGUUGACUAUUUCCCAGAAUUUGAUGGUCCAAAGAAGGAUGCCCAGUCUGCCCGGGAGUUUAUAUUACGGAUGUUUGUGGACCUGAACCCUGACCCGGACAAGAUCAUCUAUUCUCACUUUACUUGUGCUACAGAUACGGAAAAUAUUCGGUUUGUGUUCGCUGCAGUAAAAGACACAAUUUUACAACUUAAUCUCAAAGAGUAUAACCUUGUGUGAGAAUAUUGACUUCUAGAGUGAUUGUUUUAUCGCUAAAUAUGUCGUAAAAAGUGACCUUGAUUUUAAACCUUUGUUCAUUACAUCAGUGUGGCGAUUCAACAUUUUGCCACAUUACUGUGUUAAAGGAAAAAUGAAUCUGAUUGGUCAUAUGUCUGUCACAUGACCAAAAGAACAUAUACAUGACCUCAAUGUGGCGUACAGUGGGGUAGAGGUUUUUUUGCUCUAAAAUCCCACGCCCUGUUGAUUAUCCAUUUCUCUGCAAGGAAUAGGCAGGCAUGUGUUUAGCUGUUGUAUUUUGCAACUUUGGUGAAGUUUUCUAUGAAGUAAUACUACAUUUUGUACGCUCCCGAAGACAAGUGGACAUUCUUGGCUUAAGUAAAGAGAAUAGACAUUUGUUAGUCAGAACUUUGAUGGAUUUGUGGAGAUGUGUUCCUUAAAACAGUGUGAUGUUUUGCUAUUUCCUGAAGUUAAUCUUGCUGUUAAUAUACUGUAGGGCGCCUUAUUUUACUGAAUGAACUUGUACAAGGCAAAGCCUCUUUGUGAAAUUUUGAUGGUAGGGUAUAACCCUGCUUUUAAUUGUAGGAUGUAACCCUACAUUGUGUGUAACAGGGUGCUGCCAAAUGUUCAUCGUGGGGCGCUGGCAUAGUGCAAUUUAUAUUAAUUAAACACUCUUGACUGUUACAAAAGCAAUGAUUGUUAAUCGUUUUUACCCUAUUUUCGAUAGUGGGUGUUAACCCUAAUUUCGAUAGUGGGUGUUAACCCAAUUUUGAUUGUAGGUGUAUAAUAACAGAUAAAAAUUCAAUAUGGGGCAUUUUACCCGUGGAAAUGUGUAGACCUAACUUAGCUUUUUUAUAAUCUGAAUACAUGUAUUGUUGUUAUUAUAUUACAUAGGUCAUUUUAAUUAUUACGCAACUUUACCGUGCUACAUUGAUUGAUUGAAUUUCAAUUAUGUUGAAAACAUAGUCACAUGACUCGUCAUCUGUUCUUCUAUUUAUUGAAAUUGGUUCUCUUGUUAUGUCUAUGAAAUCAUCUGUCGUAUAUCAUCAACUCUUUUCUACGUUGUUAUGAUUAUUUAUUUAUGUAAUUUAAUGUCAUAAAUCAACAUAAUGAAAUUAAGAGCCCACAUGUUAGGGUUAGGCGCACAAGGCCUUUAUUUCUUGAACAAUUUAAUGUCCCUUAUAUGCGGAUCAAGGUAAGCUCAUUCUUUUUAUUUUUGGUUUUAAAAAUUGUGUUAUUUUCUCCCUAAAAGGGUUAAGAAAGUUUUGAAAGGAAAUUAAUCAUGAAAAACAAUGUUAUGUUCCAAAUCAAGUUGAAGCAACUUUUUAUUGUCAAUAUUUUUAACAAUUUAGGAUAGGUUAAUACUGGUACAUAAUUGAAAGAUUAUACACAUUGUAUAGGUUUUUCCAACUGUAUAAUAUUGUUAAAUUGAGAUUCUAAGAAAAAAAUCCCUUUUUUGCAUACAGUAAAUACUAGUUCAAAAUAUACAUAUAUUGUGAAUUACUUGUAAGAUAUUUGUACUUUAACAAAUACAUGCCAACUGAAAUUGUCCCUUAAUAUAAGCUGUAUUAUUUUUUCACUCUUCAUGUUUUGAAAUCUGCAUUGCUAACGGGAUUAUCCGAACAUGGUCGUAUUUUUAUUGAACAUUAAAUGUUAAAUUUUACGAACAUAACUAGACAUGAUAAUGUCAUAAAUUAGGUUGACUUUUAUCCUUGCAAGAUUUCUUGAAUUGUGAAUGUUUAAAUGUGUACAAAUUAUGGUAAAUGUCAUUUUAUUCAACUUGUUUGAAGUAAUUGUUUUGUGUAAAGUGGUGCAAUAUAUUCAAAACGGUUACCGUGACAACCUGAAUGCAAAAGUUAGACAUUUGUUCACUUUACUUUUUAGGGUCAGACAUAAAAAAAAAUAUUUUGUGUGAAAUGUGAAAUUAUUAUAUCAUUAAAAUUUUGAAUUAGAGCUUUAUUGUUAAUGACUAUUUUAAAGUGUCACAGAAAUUAAUGUAUUUUGCUAAGAAGUGAUAGUAAAGCUGCUGAAAAAUGAAUAAGUUAAGGCUUGAAAUUACAAAAGAUGAGAAUAUAAAUAUGCCAGUUGCUGUUUGUUUUUUGUUUAUAAAAAUAAGUUAAUGAAAUGACUUAGCAUCAAAACUGAAAAAUGAUUGUUUUCAAUAAUAGUGGUGGGAGUGCCUUUAAGUAAAUAAAAUAAAUUGAAGGUAUACUGAUUUACUGAAUAAACAAUCUUAUUAUAACAAAAGAUUAUGGUUGGAAAAAAGUAUCACAGAUUCAAAAAAUUGCCAUGAGGCUAAACCACCUCUGUGUACAAAUUCAUACUUGUUAAAUCAAUGAAAUGGUUAACUAGUCACAUAGUAGCCCUUCACAAAUAAAUACAUGUUGGGUGGUCUUAUUUGGAUCUUAGUAAAGAUGAAGCUAAUCAGAUUUCACGAUAUAAAUAACCGACCUAUAGGUUGAAUGGAUUUAAAGAUUAUUACCAUAAUACUAACGAGUUGAAUAUCGAUUACCUCUCAUAGACUUGGUUUAAAUAUUAUUGUAUGUGUUAAAUAACGUAGGUUAUUCUGAAGGGCUUAAUCCAGAGAAGCCGCAUUUCUAUCAUCAGUACAGUGCAAUUGGAAAAAAUGGGUAUUAAAACUUAUGGAUUUUUUUUCCAGAAUGGUAAAGAGUCUCCUCUUUUCUGCACUGGAAUUUUUUUUUUUGUUCACUGAAUAUUUGUACCCUUUGACAUUAUCAUAUUUCAAAUACUUCUGAGCUGUUGUAGACAUGAUAAUAUUACUAGCACUCGCAUAGUGGUAUCAAAAUUACAUGUUUGUUUAAAAAAUAUCAUAUAUUUUAUGCACAAUUUAUACUAUAUCUCGUAAUAAUUGUAUUCGUUUUUCGAUAAUAUCUUUUUUAUUUCAAGUUUACAGUUAACCAAGAUCACAGAAUAUUUUUAACUACAUAGCCUGUCCCCAUAAUUUCAUUAUUAUGCCUGAUAGAUGUAUAUCAAAAUAGGGGUUUGUCUUGUCACGUCACCUUGCGUCCUUGAAAAAUCUAGUGCCGCAAUAACCUUCUAAAGUAUAGCACCUUAACCUGCACAUGUUAAACUGGGAAAUUAUGCAUGCGCAAAUUGUGCAACAUUUUCCUCAGUCUUACAAGAGUAAUAGCCCUUGACUUAAUAAUAAGUGUUCUAAAAAUAGCAUUCCUGUGUACAGGGGCAGUGUCUGGGGGUGCUUAUCACUUCUGUGAUAAAUCAAGUUGUUUAUGAUCAUUCGAGGGUAUAUAGUAUCCCUUAAAGGAGAAUUAAGUAUUGAUGAUAAUUAACGGAAAAUAUUUUGACACAAUGGAUUGUUCCCUAUGGUAUGUAAAUGUAUGAAGUACCUCUGAUGAAAUCAGACUUAUAUACUUCUGUAUCUGUAAUCUUUGUCACAACAGCUGAUGCUUAAAAUGCAUAAUGAGUUAGUUUUAUUAUUUGCAAUUUAUCGAUUCCUCUAUUCAGCAAUCGAAAUCACAACUAUAAAAUUCAUAUCAUUUAACAUCAUUAAAUUAACUUAACCUCACAUAAUGCUGAUAUUAAGUGAAAUUGAUGUAAGACAUCUUCUGACCGUCAACUUAUACAAACUAUUUUUAAGCUAAAUAAUUGGAACCCAACGAAAAGCUUGUAUUCUAAUUCAGUUAAAUAAUCUAAAUAUUCAGUUAAAUUAUUUGAACUCCAUGUUAUGCUGGUGCCAAGUCAAAUAGCCCAAGUCGUACACAAUGCUUUUGUUUAGGUAAAAUAUCACUCUAUUUGGGAUAUUCACGACAGUUAUCUUAACUCAACAGUUAAAUUAACUGAACUCUGCAUUUUAAAUUAAUUGAACUUGUCUGUUGAAUUAUUUGAACUCAUCAGUUGAAUUAUCUGAUCUCUUUAAGUUUAAUUAUCUGAACUCUAAAUUAUAUGACCCCUCAAAUAAUCCAUCUGAACUCUUCAAUAGAAUUAUCUGAACUCUUUAAUUAAACCAUUUUAACUCCAGUUAAAUUAUCUGAACUAUUUUACUAAAUUAUCUGAACUCUUCAGUUAAAUUUUCUGAACUCUUCAGUUAAAUUAUCUAAACUCUACAAUAGAAUUAUCUGAACUCUUCAGUUAAAUUAUCUGAACUCUUCAAUAGAAUUAUCUGAACCCUUUAGUUAAAUUAUCUGAACUCUUCAGUUAAAUUAUCUGAACUCUACAAUAGAAUUAUCUGAACUCUUCAGUUAAAUUAUCUGAACUCUUCAGUUAAAUUAUCUAAACUCUACAAUAGAAUUAUCUGAACUCUUCAGUUAAAUUAUCUGAACUCUUCAAUAGAAUUGUCUGAACCCUUCAGUUAAAUUAUCUGAACUCUUCAAUAGAGUUAUCUGAACUCUUCAGUUAAAUUAUCUGAACUCUACAUGAUGCUGAUAUUCAACUGUUGUGAUCAUUCAGUUUCAAGUUUUUGUAACAUAUUUGUGAUUGCUAUGUCUUGUGACUUUUAAAACCAAAGCUAAAAUAAAUCGUGUUAAAACUCC